CUGUGGAAGAGCUUUAGUUUGCUAGAAAGUUUAUAACAUUGUUAAAAUAACAUUAGGAGAAGUUUCCAAAAAGUGACAGUAACAGCAGGACAACCUUCUGUAGUUAAAAAUUGUCAUGUUUGCAGGAUAAACUUUUAAUAGUUUAUUAUGCACUAAAUUCACUGUUUUGAAAGAUGCAAGAGUGGGUGGUUUUUUGUUUUUGUUUUUAUUUUUUUAAUGUUCCUCAGCAGCUGUUUAUAACUGUAUGGAAUCUUACUGUAGCCAUUUUUAAAGAAGUUUGUUCUUUCUGAAGGUUAGAUGCAGUAAGCGGAAAUGCCCAGACAAGACAUCUAGAUUUCUGCAAAGUAUAGUGCACUUGGAAAAUAUGUGAGACCUUGUAGAGUGCAAAGAAUAGAUAAGCUUGUAAAUUCAUAGCCUAAAGCUGUUAAAUCUAUUACGUGACUUAAUUUAAAGUUUUGAGUUCAUAAUCUGCACGAGAAAGUAAGUAUUUUCAUUUAAGAAAAUACUCUUCUGAAUUAAUUCUUACAGAAAAUACAGGCUGCAUGAUUGUUCGUAUAUUUUUUCCCCGAAAUUUAAUCUAAUUUUUCUUUAAUUGUUUUAUUCACUUCUUAUUUUUCAGGAGUCUUUGAAAAAUCCUUAGUGGUCAUGACAUUGUUACAAGUGACAUAAAUUAGCCAGUGGCUCAGAAUGAUGGAUACCCAGAAGACUACAAAUGGUUUGCAAGUGAUUGGAGAAGGGACUGGUAUAGGGAAAUCGACACUCCACAUGGUGGGGUAUUUGGGAAAAAACUGUAAUCCUCUGGAAAUAACUGCACAUGAGUAUUGUCCAGUCUGCAAAGAGAAGGGCCAGAUCCAAGUUUUACGGACUUACCGCAUUAACUUUCAAGAGUCCAUUUUUCUUUGUGGAAAUCCUCAGUGUAUCUACCCACUUGGCUAUAAACCAUUAAACAGCAUAAUUACUUCUGCUGAUUCAGAAAAUCAUCACAUUCCAUCUACUCAUAAGAAAAGGAGAUUGUGUGAUAUCAGUGACUUUUCUUCUGUUGAAUCACAUCCAAAAAAAGCAAGAACUAAUAAUGUCGUAAAUGUUGAGAACACUAUUAAUACAGACCCUGUUGUCAAAUGCUAUCAGAAUAGCUUAUGUAUUCCCAAGUCAAGCCUACUUGAUGUGUUACAAAAUGACCAGCAAAAACCUGUUAACAAUGUGGAGUCCUACAUGCAGAAGGUGGAUUUUGAAACGACCACCAACGCUAACAACUCUCAAGAAAGUCCUCCUAAGAUUUCUAGUCCAAGAACACAACUCUUGCCAAAUUCUGAACUUUGCUCAACAACAUCUGAAAUUUUGCUCAAAGGUGAUAAAAGUUCCACUAAUAACACCGAUUUAUGUCUUCAGUGGAGAAACAUGCAUAAUCUUUGUUGGUUAGAUUGUAUUUUGUCAGCACUGGUACACUUAGAAACAUUAAAAUUUGCUCUAGCAGAAGAACAUCGUUAUGGAAAAUGUUUACUCCAGAAACUCUUAACAAAAUAUAAUCAAGCAACUGUGCUUCUGAAUAGCUGUAAAAGGAGUAAAGUAAAAGAUGUUCUUCCAAAAGCAGAAUCUCAUCUCAAUGAAAUCAGAAACAGAAUGUUUACUCAGCUUCAGCCUCAGCUUAAGUGUGAAUUGGGUAAGAAGGAGAGUCCAGUGUUUGCACUCCCUCUACUCUUACAGCAGGAUCAACAAGCUGAGAAACUAUUCUUGCAUUCAUUUUCAUGGAAGUUUGAAUGUGAAUGUUGUGGCUACAAAUACCAGGAUCGAUUUAGGAAAACACUAACAACAUUCACAAAUACAAUCCCUGAUUGGCAUCCACUUAACGCUGUUCAUGUUGGACCAUGUAAUAACUGUAGUGAUAGAUCUCAAAGGAGACAGAUGAUUUUGGAAAAAGUACCCUCAAUAUUAAUGCUACAUUUUGUAGAAGGCUUGCCCCAUAACAACCUGAAGAACUAUUCAUUUCGGUUUGAAGACAACACCUACCAAAUAACAGGUGUUGUUCAGUAUCAAACAGAGAAGCAGCACUUCAUAACCUGGUCUUUGAAUCCUGAUGGAACUUGGCUUGAAUGUGAUGAUUUAAAGGGUCCAUAUUGCAAGAGACAUGAAAGAUUUGAAGUUCCUCCUUCAGAGAUUCAUAUUGUUAUCUGGGAAAAGAAAACAACCCAUGUGCCAGAAGAACUGAAUUCACAGUUCCAGAGUAAAAAUAUUGAAGAAUUUCCUCUUGAUAGUGUACAGUUAAAUUCCGCAGUGUUGCAUUGUGGUUUUGAUAACACUGUAGACAAAACACCUGCAAAACAUUGCAAAGAGGAUUCUGUGAGAACUCCAGAUAAGAAACAGCAGCGGAUAGCUGAGGAUGAAACUAGUGUUCAUCAUGGUUUAGAAAAUCCAGCACAUGAUGAUCUUGUAACACUGAUGCUUGAAGAAAUUCAAGUUGACUCAGAAGGUAAACCGCUGUCGAAUGGACAGAUGGUGGGUAGUAACCUUGCUGUUGAAAUGGGCACACUGCAACAGGGGGAAUUAGCUUUUUCACCUAACACUCCAUAUACAGGAGAGUUUGCUGGAACUAGUCUAGCUAUGAACAACAAAUGCACAUUAUAUGAAAAAUCCAGCGUUUGCUUGCCUGUAGAAGACUUGAACCCAGCAGAUACUACUCCUCCUGUGCCCAAAACCCAUGACCCUGACCCAUCUGACUCAUCGUUUGCUCAAAGAACAGAUGACAGAACUAAUUCAUGUAACAGAAAACAUAGAUUAAAUUCAGAACUACAGCUAAACAAUAAGUUGUCACCAGUAGAGAAUAUUACGCAAAAAUCACCUGACUUGAAAGAUGCAAGCAAAAUUGUAGUUAAUUCUCAGGUUGCCAAUUCUUCUGCUGCCAGUAAUUCCUUUCAGCCUUUGCACAAAGACCAAAAACGAGGAUUUGUAGGAAGCUGGGUAAAGAAAUUAUUAAGCAAGAAUACUUCUUUUAUGCCUUCAAGUGCCUCAACUCUCAAGAAUGAGAGAAGUUGCAAAACUCCCUCAAUGCAAAAAAUAAGUGAAGUGCGGUUGCCGGUUAAGGGAGCAAGUAACUUUGGUGGAUUUCAAAGCAGAGGUACAAACAAAACAGUGGUUCCUCAGAGUAAUAAUACUCAUCCUUUAUCAAAUUUCAAAGGAUUUUCUCAAAGUUCUUCUCUUCCAACAGCAACUCAUACCACUAUUGAAGGUCCAACUUGGAAUAAGUCAGGAAGUACGUUGGGUUCCUCAGGUAAAGUGACUCAGUUCCAUUCACCUAGCUGUAACUCUGGGAAGGCAGAAGAGUCAGAUAGUGACAAAACAAAAAAACUUCGCCUAAAACUGUUAAAAAAACUUAAUGCUAAAAAGAAGAAGUUGGCUUCACUGGAUAGACUAGCAGUGGAACAGAUGAAACAUGAAAAACCUGUUAGUGGAGAUGUAAGCACCCCAUCACAGAUUGAAUCUCACAAUGACAGUGAAUUAUUGCAGAGCUUUUUAAGGGAACUGCAGUAUCAGAUUGAUGUCACAGAUAAUGAAUCUGAAUUUCAUGCAAAUUCUGUAUCAGGGUGCACUAGCCAUAAUAACAAUGAUGAAAUACUGGCAGAGUUACUGUCCCCUACUUCAACUGUUGCUUCCUUAGAGGCUCCAAAAAGUGGAGAUGAAUGUAUGUACAUGGAAAUGGUGGAUAGCAGUGUUGCAACAACAGCAUCUGAUGAGAAGACCAGUGUGCCGCAUGCAGCAAUGACAAGUGAGGACCACAAUUAUUACAGUCCUGUAAAGGACAGUAAUUCAGAACUUCAUAUCAUAAGCAAACCCAGUGUGAAGAAACUUGCUUUUGAAAGUCCUACAAGGGAAGAUAUCCUUGAAGAUCUGUUCUCCAUUUCAGCACCAAGCUCAAUGGCAGGUGACAUAGAUUUACCUCAUUUUGAUGAAACUCUGUUUGAAACUUGGUAAAUAUUCGGUUUCUUGGUUUUAAGUAUUUUUCAAUAUUAUGUAUAUUUUGAAACAAAGCACUAUUAAAUUAUGUUUUCUAACUAAUUUAAUUGCACACUGGCUGUACUUGAACAAUUUACAUUUGAGGUAUUUUUUUCUUAAAAUUUUGUUGCAGCAGACAAGGUUUUAAUGCAUUUUAUUUUUCUGAGAAGCAGUUAUUUUAGCUGUCAGAUAUGAUGAUUUUUAAUUAAAAGCUCCUGUGAGUCUUAAUUUUUGCUGCUUUUAAUAUGGAAAACUUACCCAUAUUCUACUGAGUUUGAGAAAUAAUAAACUUCAGUAGUCUUGAUGAUGUAAUGAUGUAAGAAAUAUUAUUUAGGUAGUAGAGAUUUAUUUUACAGGAUCACCCAACUCCUGAAGUCUUUUUGUCCGACAUUUAAAAAAAAAAAAAAAAGUACCUUCUGUAAUCAGGGACGUUUGCAUCCUUUGAUAGAAAGAUCAUUUGCAACACUAAACUCGAGGCUGGUAUUCUGUUAGGAACUCUACUCUUUUCAGAAUUACUGUUCAGUAAGCCCACCCUCAUGUAUACACCCCUUGGAUCCAAGGAAGGAUGGAAACAUGCUAGAAAUUUUCCUUUUUAAAGUUAUGACACGUACUGACUUUUCAUCUGGGUAACUGAAAAUAUAAUUUGGCAGAAUAUUCUUCUGAGCCAGGUUAUUUUUUAAGUAAAAUUAAUAAGAUUUGAGCCGGAGUUUGCCGCACUAAGAAAGAAUAUCAGAUGUGACUUUUAGUUAUGCGUAGGUGCAAAUUCACUAAUAAAAGAAUUAAAGUUAACUGUAAGUUAGCACCUAUUUCUGUUGCCACUAGGAGUUUUUCAUGGCUAGAGCAGUGUACUCCGGUCCAUGUGUGAGAGUGCCAAGGAAAGGCAAGAUCAAUAGAAGAAGGUAAUGGAAAAGAUAGCAAAACAGCAGUGAGUAAGCAGAGGGAUUCACAUCUUGGUGGUUCUGGAUUUGUAUAGCUUUCAUUUUGCUAGAUGGGAGUCUUUUUUAAAUUCAUAGAUGCAGAGCUGAGGGUAUUAUAUGCUAAAUUAGAUUAGCUGUACAUUUUUAUUGUACUUUGAAAUAACAAGGAUUUUAUCAGCAAGUCUUUGUUUCAGCCAUUUUUAGAGGUAUUCUGCAUUUUUUUGUUGUUUUAGAUCCCAAGUUCAAAACAUAAGUCCUUAGUCUUACUUUUCCAAUACGUGCAGUUGAACAUAAUUGUUACUACAAGGCAUGGCUACAGAUUUAAAUGGUCUUGGAUUGCUUGGGCCAGGUUCAAAAAGUGUUUGAAAAACUGUCAGUGGCACUGAACUUACCUUGCCAAGCUAUUUCUGUUGCAAUUACGUGCACGUUUAUCAAACUGGCACUUCCGAUAAUGAAUUAUUUCAUUCUUGAAAUAUAAGUCUUUGUAAAGAACUUGAGCUCCUUCUUUGUUUUAAAUGUUGUAAUUGGUAACGUUACAAUAGAAAAGAAAUCCGUGGAUUCUGAAUGUAAAGUGCCGGUGUACUGCUGGUGAAGUAUUUGCCUG